CAAGGUUUACACGAACACCGGUUGAUCAGACAGGGGUCUCUGGCGGAGUUGCAUCUUUCAUUUGCCAAGCUACAGGAGACCCAAGACCUAAAAUUGUCUGGAACAAAAAAGGAAAGAAAGUCAGCAAUCAGAGAUUUGAGGUAAUAGAGUUUGACGAUGGAUCUGGAUCAGUUCUCAGAAUACAACCCUUACGGACUCCUCGGGAUGAGGCUGUUUACGAAUGUGUGGCCUCGAAUAAAGUGGAUGAAAUCAUUGUCUCCACCAGGCUCACAGUUUUGCGUGAGGACCAAAUUCCCAGGGGCUUCCCUACCAUUGACAUGGGCCCACAGCUGAAGGUGGUGGAGCGUACACGCACUGCCACCAUGCUUUGUGCAGCCAGUGGUAAUCCGGAUCCAGAAAUCACUUGGUUCAAAGAUUUCUUACCUGUCGACACAAGCAACAACAAUGGUCGUAUUAAGCAGUUACGAUCAGAAUCCAUUGGAGCCCUUCAGAUCGAACAGAGUGAAGAAUCUGACCAAGGAAAAUAUGAGUGUGUUGCCACCAACAGCGCGGGCACUCGCUAUUCUGCCCCUGCCAAUUUAUAUGUCAGAGAGCUGCGAGAAGUUCGCCGUGUCCCACCAAGAUUCUCUAUCCCACCCACUAAUCAUGAAAUCAUGCCAGGUGGAAGUGUUAAUAUCACCUGUGUGGCAGUGGGGUCACCAAUGCCUUAUGUGAAGUGGAUGUUGGGGGCAGAAGAUCUGACACCUGAAGAUGAUAUGCCAAUAGGAAGAAAUGUCCUAGAACUGAAUGAUGUCAGACAGUCAGCAAAUUACACCUGUGUUGCUAUGUCCACACUGGGUGUCAUUGAAGCAAUAGCACAGAUCACUGUCAAAGCCUUACCCAAACCUCCAGGAACUCCAGUAGUGACAGAGAGCACAGCCACGAGCAUCACACUGACGUGGGACUCUGGGAACCCUGAGCCUGUCUCUUACUACAUCAUUCAGCAUAAACCUAAAAAUUCUGAGGAACCUUACAAAGAAAUUGAUGGGGUGGCAACCACACGCUACAGUGUUGCUGGACUAAGCCCCUACUCGGAUUAUGAAUUCAGGGUUGUUGCUGUCAAUAACAUUGGGCGUGGACCUCCCAGUGAGCCUGUGCUAACACAGACCUCAGAGCAAGCACCAUCCAGUGCCCCAAGGGAUGUACAGGCACGGAUGUUGAGCUCAACCACCAUUUUGGUGCAGUGGAAGGAACCUGAGGAGCCAAAUGGACAGAUCCAAGGGUACAGAGUUUAUUACACAAUGGAUCCUACUCAGCAUGUCAACAACUGGAUGAAACACAAUGUAGCUGACAGCCAAAUCACUACUAUUGGCAACUUAGUGCCCCAGAAAACAUACUCUGUCAAAGUCCUGGCUUUUACCUCAAUUGGAGAUGGUCCUCUUUCAAGCGACAUACAAGUCAUCACUCAGACAGGAGUACCAGGACAGCCACUGAACUUCAAAGCAGAACCUGAGUCUGAAACAAGCAUUUUGCUGUCCUGGACACCUCCACGUUCUGAUACCAUCGCCAGCUAUGAACUGGUCUACAAGGAUGGAGAGCACGGUGAGGAGCAACGAAUUACCAUCGAGCCAGGGACAUCAUACAGGCUACAGGGGUUGAGACCAAACAGCCUGUACUACUUCCGUCUGUCUGCACGCUCUCCUCAAGGCCUCGGUGCUUCGACGGCUGAAAUAUCAGCCAGAACCAUGCAAUCAAAGCCGUCAGCUCCUCCUCAAGACAUUAGUUGCACCAGCCCAAGUUCCACUAGUAUUUUGGUAAGUUGGCAACCUCCACCAGUGGAAAAACAGAAUGGCAUUAUUACUGAAUACUCCAUCAAGUAUACUGCAGUGGAUGGGGAAGAUGACAAGCCUCACGAGGUUUUGGGAAUUCCUUCGGACACUACCAAAUACCUUUUGGAACAGCUGGAAAAAUGGACUGAAUACCGGAUCACUGUGACUGCCCACACAGAUGUCGGCCCUGGCCCUGAGAGCUUAUCCGUGUUGAUUCGAACGGAUGAAGAUGUUCCUAGUGGUCCUCCUCGAAAAGUCGAGGUAGAGGCUGUCAACUCAACAUCUGUUAAAGUCUCAUGGCGCUCACCUGUGCCCAAUAAACAGCAUGGCCAGAUAAGAGGAUACCAGGUCCAUUAUGUGAGGAUGGAAAAUGGUGAGCCCAAGGGCCAGCCCAUGCUGAAGGAUGUCAUGCUGGCAGAUGCACAGUGGGAAUUUGAUGAUACUACUGAACAUGACAUGAUCAUAUCUGGGCUACAGCCUGAAACUUCCUACUCCCUCACAGUCACAGCCUACACCACUAAAGGAGAUGGUGCUCGCAGCAAGCCCAAACUGGUGUCCACCACUGGGGCAGUUCCAGGGAAACCCCGACUUGUGAUCAACCACACACAGAUGAACACAGCUCUCAUUCAGUGGCACCCCCCUGUGGACACAUUUGGACCUCUUCAGGGCUACCGUCUAAAAUUUGGCCGCAAGGAUAUGGAGCCUCUCACUACUCUCGAGUUCUCUGAAAAAGAAGAUCAUUUUACAGCUACAGACAUCCACAAAGGAGCAUCCUACAUCUUCAGGCUGUCCGCCAGAAACAAAGUGGGCUUUGGGGAGGAGAUGGUGAAAGAGAUUUCUGUUCCUGAAGAAGCACCAACUGGAUUCCCUCAAAACCUCCACUCAGAAGGCACCACCUCAACCUCCGUCCAGUUAUCCUGGCAGCCACCUGUCUUGGCAGAGAGAAAUGGCAUUAUCACCAAGUAUACCGUUCUCUAUAGGGAUAUCAACAUCCCCCUUCUUCCAAUGGAGCAACUCAUUGUUCCAGCUGACACCUCUAUGACACUCACUGGCUUAAAACCAGAUACCACUUACGAUGUAAAAGUACGUGCUCACACGAGCAAAGGGCCCGGGCCAUAUAGUCCCAGUGUCCAGUUCAGGACACUGCCUGUGGAUCAAGUGUUUGCAAAAAAUUUUCAUGUCAAAGCAGUAAUGAAGACUUCAGUAUUGCUGUCUUGGGAGAUUCCAGAGAAUUAUAAUUCCGCCAUGCCUUUCAAAAUUCUUUAUGACGAUGGGAAAAUGGUAGAAGAAGUGGAUGGCCGAGCCACACAGAAGUUAAUUGUCAACCUGAAGCCUGAGAAGUCAUACUCCUUCGUGCUGACGAAUCGUGGAAACAGCGCUGGUGGGCUGCAGCACAGGGUAACAGCGAAGACGGCACCAGAUGUGCUCCGCACCAAGCCUGCCUUCAUCGGCAAGACCAACCUGGAUGGCAUGAUUACGGUGCAAUUGCCUGAAGUUCCUGCAAAUGAAAAUAUAAAAGGAUACUACAUAAUAAUUGUGCCUUUGAAGAAAUCUCGUGGGAAAUUUAUCAAGCCAUGGGAGAGUCCAGAUGAAAUGGAAUUAGAUGAGCUGCUUAAGGAGAUAUCUAGGAAACGCAGAAGCAUCCGUUACGGGAGAGAAGUUGAAUUAAAGCCAUAUAUUGCCGCUCACUUUGAUGUCCUUCCCACUGAGUUCACCCUGGGGGAUGACAAACAUUAUGGCGGAUUUACAAACAAGCAGCUCCAAAGUGGUCAAGAAUAUGUCUUCUUCGUGUUAGCAGUGAUGGAGCAUGCAGAGUCUAAGAUGUAUGCAACCAGCCCCUACUCUGACCCUGUUGUGUCGAUGGAUCUGGAUCCACAGCCCAUCACAGAUGAAGAAGAAGGCUUGAUCUGGGUCGUAGGUCCUGUCCUUGCAGUAGUCUUUAUCAUCUGCAUUGUCAUUGCUAUUCUCCUUUAUAAAAGGAAGAGGGCAGAGUCUGAAUCUAGAAAGAGCAGCAUACCGAACAGUAAGGAGGUCCCUUCACACCAUCCAACAGACCCAGUAGAACUGAGACGGCUUAACUUUCAAACACCAGGUAUGGCUAGCCAUCCUCCAAUACCUAUCUUGGAACUUGCAGAUCACAUUGAAAGGUUGAAAGCAAAUGACAACUUGAAGUUUUCCCAGGAAUAUGAGUCAAUUGAUCCUGGCCAGCAGUUCACAUGGGAACAUUCAAAUUUGGAAGUAAACAAACCAAAGAAUAGAUAUGCAAAUGUAAUUGCAUAUGAUCAUUCCCGUGUUCUCCUAUCAGCAAUAGAAGGCAUCCCAGGAAGUGACUAUGUGAAUGCCAACUACAUAGAUGGCUAUAGGAAGCAAAACGCCUACAUCGCCACACAGGGAUCCCUUCCUGAAACAUUUGGGGACUUUUGGAGAAUGAUAUGGGAGCAGCGGAGUGCCACCGUUGUCAUGAUGACAAAGCUAGAAGAAAGAUCCAGGGUGAAGUGUGACCAGUAUUGGCCCAGCAGAGGCACAGAAACCCACGGACUGGUCCAGGUGACACUGCUCGAUACCGUGGAGCUGGCCACGUACUGUGUUAGAACAUUUGCACUUUACAAGAAUGGUUCCAGCGAGAAGAGAGAAGUGAGACAAUUCCAGUUCACCGCCUGGCCAGAUCACGGUGUUCCGGAGCACCCCACACCUUUUCUAGCUUUCUUACGGAGAGUCAAAACCUGUAACCCUCCUGAUGCAGGUCCGAUGGUUGUGCAUUGCAGUGCGGGAGUUGGCCGGACUGGUUGUUUCAUCGUAAUAGAUGCCAUGUUAGAAAGAAUAAAGCAUGAAAAAACUGUAGAUAUUUAUGGCCAUGUAACUUUAAUGAGAGCCCAGAGGAAUUACAUGGUUCAAACAGAGGACCAGUACAUCUUUAUCCACGAUGCACUGUUGGAAGCAGUGACUUGUGGAAAUACCGAAGUGCCAGCCAGAAACUUGUAUGCCUACAUCCAGAAGCUGACACAAAUAGAAACAGGCGAGAAUGUCACAGGCAUGGAACUCGAGUUCAAGCGUCUAGCCAGCUCAAAAGCUCACACCUCAAGAUUCAUCAGUGCCAAUCUUCCAUGUAAUAAAUUCAAAAAUCGCCUUGUUAAUAUUAUGCCAUAUGAAUCCACAAGGGUAUGUCUGCAGCCUAUCCGAGGAGUAGAAGGAUCUGAUUACAUCAAUGCCAGUUUUAUUGAUGGAUACAGACAACAGAAAGCUUACAUUGCUACCCAGGGACCCUUGGCAGAGACCACUGAAGACUUCUGGCGGAUGCUGUGGGAACACAAUUCCACCAUUGUUGUGAUGCUCACCAAGUUGCGUGAAAUGGGCAGGGAGAAAUGCCACCAAUACUGGCCAGCAGAACGAUCUGCAAGAUACCAGUAUUUUGUUGUAGAUCCCAUGGCUGAGUACAACAUGCCACAGUAUAUCCUAAGAGAAUUCAAGGUCACGGAUGCCAGGGACGGCCAGUCCCGAACAGUGAGGCAGUUCCAGUUCACUGACUGGCCAGAGCAAGGAGUGCCAAAGUCUGGAGAAGGAUUUAUUGACUUCAUUGGCCAAGUCCAUAAAACAAAAGAACAGUUUGGCCAAGAUGGACCCAUUUCAGUCCAUUGCAGCGCGGGCGUUGGAAGAACUGGUGUCUUCAUAACUCUGAGCAUUGUUUUGGAAAGAAUGAGAUAUGAAGGCGUUGUAGAUAUCUUCCAGACCGUCAAAAUGUUAAGAACACAACGGCCAGCUAUGGUACAGACAGAGGAUCAGUACCAGUUUUGCUACCGAGCCGCACUAGAGUACCUGGGCAGCUUUGAUCACUAUGCAACGUAGAAACCCCUGACCCUUUCAGGAUUUUUACUACAGGCCCUUCGCUAUCCAUGGAGUCUCUUCUGAGCCAUACAGGGCACUUGAGAAGUCCUUCUUAACUUCUAGCUAACAACCACUUAGUGGGACUAUUACA